AGUCUUUAAUUUUCCGUUUUUCUCACGACUUUGCAAAGACUAACUCUUUAGUUUUGGAUUAGUCUUUGGAUUGGAAUACUCUCUUUAGAGUUUGGACUUUGUGUUUAAUGAAAAAGGAUGCUGCUUAAAUGGCAGAGCAGCCAAGCCCAAUAACUCGUCUCUUCACUGCUAUCAAUCUCCUAAUUCAGUACCAUUGAAUAGCGAUUGCCAUGAAAGUGUGCAUACCCUUUGAGAUUUGUCCUCCCUGUAUGUCUUACAAAUUCUUUUCUAUCUUGGUUUUGCUUCUUCAGUUAAUUUUGCAGUUUGGUCUCCUGAAAGCUCAACAAGCAUAUUUAGCCAACCAUCAACUGGACUGUGAUGAUUGGACUCCUGGCACCAAAGGCUAUUUGUGUAAUGGCGUACAAUCAUCCUGCCAGUCCUACGUCACUUUCCAAUCAAACCCUCCUUAUACCUCUCCUGUCAAUAUCGGCUAUCUGCUGGGCACGCAAGGGGAUGCAACCCGCAUAGCCUCCAUGAACAACAUCUCUUCUGAUGUGGCCAAAAUUCCUGCCCAGAAGCAAGUGGUAGUCCCUGUCAAUUGCUCUUGUUACAAAGGCCUUUAUUACCAGCACAAUGCCACUUACCGGCUCAAAGAUGAGAAUGAGAACUAUUUUACAUUGGCCAAUGAUACCUACCAGGGUCUCACCACCUGCCAGGCAUUGAGGGAGCAAAACCCUUAUGAUAUGUAUAAUUUAUAUGCAGGUUUGGAUAUCCAUGUUCCUUUGAGAUGUGCUUGCCCUACGUCCAACCAGACUGCUUUUGGUGCGAAGUACAUGCUGACCUAUAUGCCCACUUGGGACGACGACGUUUCUAAGAUUGCCCAAUUGUUCAAUGUUAGUGAACAAAAUGUACUUGAUGCAAACGAGUUAUUGGAAGAUGACCUGAUUUACCCAUUUACGCCAAUUCUAGUUCCUAUCUCAAGUGAACCCUCAAUGAUCCCAUCACCCCCAUAUUCUCCACCUCCAACACGGUCUCCACCAGUGGACGUCGUUCUUGUCUCAGAAUCCAACUCUUCCAAGAAGGGGGUGUAUGUGGGUGUUGGAAUUGGAGCUGGCUUGCUUAUUCUUGUUACCUUUUCUGCACUUUCAUAUUGGUAUUUUCAUUCUCCUCUUCCGUCUCAUCAAAAACCUCAGGAAGCCAUUGCAUCCAAAAAUAAUGAUCUCCCUAUUACUUAUGAGGGAAUUCAACAUUCCAUCGAGUCCUUGAUCAUCUACAAAUUUGAGGACAUACAAUCUGCCACGGGCUAUUUCAAAGAAGAGAACAAGAUUAAAGGUUCUGUUUACAAGGGAUCCUUUAAGGGCGAUCACGCUGCUGUGAAGGUGAUGAAAGGAGACGUUUCCGGCGAGAUCAACAUGCUCAAGAAGAUAAAUCACUCUAACAUUGCUAGGCUCUCUGGUUUCUGUGUACACGACGGUUUACAGAAUGGCUCGCUGGAGGAUUGGCUCCACUCUGGUAAGAAUAAUCAAACUUCUUGCGCCUUGUCAUGGAAGCAGAGACUACAGAUUGCCUAUAAUGUAGCUGAUGCCUUCAAUUACCUUCAUAACUACACCACCCCUCCCUUUGUUCAUAAAAACUUGAAUACCAGUAACGUUCUGUUAGAUGGUGACAUUAGAGCCAAGAUUGUCAAUUUCGGGCUUGCAAGAAAGCUAGCCAACGAUGGACAAGGCGCCACCUGGUUGACAAGACAUGUGGUUGGCACCCAUGGUUAUAUGGCUCCGGAGUACCUUGAAAAUGGACUGAUUACCCCAAAAUUAGAUGUAUUUGCAUAUGGGGUUGUGAUACUGGAGCUGUUAUCUGGGAAAGAGGCCGUUAUCGAUGAUUCAAAUGGGGAAGAAAAGAUGCUUUUUACAUUGAUAAGUCAGGUGCUUCGAGAAGACAGCGUGGGAGAGAAACUCCAUGCCUUCAUCGAUCCUUGCAUAAGGGAUGAGUUACCACUACACUUGGCUUUUUCCAUGGCCCAACUGGCUAAAAGUUGUGUUGCUCAUGAUCCGAAUGCUCGCCCCUCUUUUCUUCAACUCUUCACGACCUUAUCAAAAAUGGUAUCUUCUUCGCUGAAUUAGGAUCCACCAGCAGGUGAGCCGUGAUUGUCCCACUACCCCGUGGCGACAGCCGCCAGAUUAUAAAUAACAUGUAAUGAUAAUAUCUUAAUAAUUUUUCUAACUUAUUGUCUUAUCCUUUAGAAUUUCUGUGAAUUUAACGCUUAAGAUGAGUUGAC